AGAAAGAAAAAAAUACUUUCGAAGCCACGGCGAAGAGACUUAGAGAUUCGUUUUAUGUAGACAACUGCGUCACCAGUUUUGACACUCCUGAAGAAGUUAAAAGUUUCGAAAAGGAAGCAAAAGUAUUAAUGAUGAAAGGGAAAUUUGAACUAAGAGCUUGGAUGACAAAUUCAACCCAAGAAGAAGAUCCAGUUUCAGUUUUAGGAGUACAAUGGAACAGAUACGCAGACGAUUUAUGUUGUAAUGUAAAUAUAAAAUCUGUACCUGAACGAAUAACAAAGAGGGACCUACUGUCUAUAACCCAACAGAUAUUUGACCCGAUAGGUUUUCUAUCACCUGUUACUCUAGUACCAAAACUUAUAACACAAAAGGCUUGGAUGAUAAAAACAGGAUGGGACGAAGAGAUACCUACAGAAUUAAAAAGAGAAUACAAAGACUGGAUCAGUUCUAUAGAUUGCAUCAACAAGUGCAAGAUACCGCGACGACUCUCAGAAAGACCACUCAGUGUUUGCAAGGUAACAAUUCAUGUAUUUAGCGAUGCAAGCAAGGACGCAUAUGCAGGUUGCAUAUUUCUACGCACAGAACAUGAAGGCAACACGACCAUACGACUAGUCAUGGCAAAAAGCAGGGUAGCGCCUAUAAAAAGACAGAUGACACUACCUCGACUAGAAUUGAUGGGUGCACUUAUAGCUUCGCGGCUUUAUAAAGAACUAAUGAAUUCAGGUGCGUUGUCAACUAUUAAUAAUUACCGAACCUAUUGCUGGACCGAUUCAUCUGUCGUACUUGCAUGGCUAAAGAGAGAGGAGGCAUGGGGAGCCUUCGUUAUAAACCGAGUAAAAGAAAUUUGCACUAAUACAAGAAGGGAAAGCUGGAAUCACUUACCUGGUAUAUAUAACCCUGCCGAUUUACCAUCUCGAGGCUGCAAGCCAAAGACACUAUUGGAAAACAAUUGGUGGACGGGACCAGAAUGGUUAUACUUGGAAGAAGAAAAUUGGCCUAAAUCAGAGAUAAAUACAAUAAAAUCUGAAGAAGAUAUGAUAGCAAGUGAGCUAAGAAGAAGUGUUGCAGUGAAUAUGGAAACCAAUGCAGUUAACUUCAGUGAUAAACUAUUAUAUUUCAGUAAAUAUAAAAAGAUAGUAAGAUUAGUAGCAAGGCUACUUAGAAUGCGCCCUAAAAUACGAAAGAAAUAUAAAGUAGACUCUAUACAUAUUAGAAAUGAGGAGUAUCAGAAUGCUGAAGAAACUAUAAUUAAAAUAGUACAGAAGGAGACAUAUACAGGAAAGAUAAAGGAUAAGAAGCUACUAACUAUAGAAAUGGAUGGCAUUAUAAGAGUAAAAACAAGGUUAGCAUACAGCGGAGAAAGUAGUAAUUUCAUAUAUCCAAUUCUCUUACCCGGGAAACAUGAAUUAAUUAAGAGAAUGAUACAACAGAAACAUAAGGACAUGCAACAUGCUGGAACACAAACAAUGUUAGCUGAAUUAAGAAAUACGUACUGGAUAAUAGGCGUAAGAAGGUUACUCAAGAAAAUCGUUGCAGAAUGCAGGGUGUGUAAAAGAUAUAAAGCAAAACAUUACGAAGCUCCACUACCCCCGCUUCCCGCAGACCGCAUAGGAAAUACAGCACCGUUCGAAGUUACUGGUAUAGAUUUAGCUGGACCGUACGGCAAACCUACUCAAGGAAGUAAAUUGGAAAGAGUUAGAAGAAGAAACAAGCUCUUACAAUAUACAAUGGAAGUUUUCAGCUCCAGCAGCUCCCUGGUGGGGAGGGUGGUGGGAGCGAAUGAUAAG